AUGCAUUAUAUGACCUCGUUUUUGCUUAUGUCGGCACACACAUAUUUGAAUGCAACUUAUUCAUUUGAUGGACUAAAUCACUCGAUAGAAACCGCCACCGAUAUGGACAAUGAACUUGACACCAACUAUCUCAACAACCUUGGAGUGGGUCCACAUGGAAACAAAGGAGAAGAAUAUCAGUCUGAUGUUACAUACACAGAGCUUUUUGACAGAGUUGGUUCCAUUGUUGAAGUUUACUCCAGUAAGGAACUGUUCUGGCCGACAGCGGGUACUUACAGUACAAGUGAAAGCACAUUCACCAGGAAGAGACAUCUGAUAGGCAAAAGGAGCAAUAAAAUAAGACAGAGAAAGUCAGGAAAAGUAUUUGGAGGUAUCAAAAUGAACGCCAAGAAUGUUCUUGCAAUUUGGCAAAACAGGAUCCGGAGCAAGAAAUUGGUCAACAAGGGGAUGAAGUGCAAUGAAGUAGACAGAGCAAAGUCUGACUUGCAGUGGGACGGUGGUAUCGUGAACAAUGCAAAGGCGAACCUCACAAGCGACGUGGAGAUGACAGACCUCGAAUGGACUGAGGAAACAGAUGAAUUGGAGGAAGAUUUUGACUACUCGAGCGACGAAAGAGAGCCACUUAAUUUGACCAGCCCAUUCGUGUUGCCAGUGAGGACAGACUACAAACUGUCACCACCUGCUACUCCAGUUGUGAUUACUCAGGUUCUCACAAUCACCAAAUUGGUGACGUUACCAGAAGAUACCCUAGAGAGUGUGAUUUCACCAGGCAACAGCAUAGUCUUGGCAUCUGAAUCUACCACUAACUCCUCCUUCCCAGCACACAUUGACUUUGACUCUAAAUUGGAAAGUCCAAGUCCACCAUCACCACCUGUGAAUGAUGUACCUGAAAUUGAUGCUGAAUAUGAUAAAGUGUUUAGUGUGAUUGCAAGCCGUAAAGUGUUGUCGGGUAGUCAAGUCACAAAGACAACCGCAUUAACCAAUUCCCGGGAUUCAGAAGCUGGGACAGUAAACAGUGCAGAAGAAUUGACCUUGAGUGACUUUGACAACGUUGCCAUUGAAACGAUUUCGACUUUGACGACCCCUGUGACCACAAGUGAAAUUCCAACACAAAAUACACGACAAGAAGUGGACCCAGCACAAUUGGUAGAAUAUGAUGAUGGUCACUUGGUGUUAGGAAGGAAACUGUCGAGAGUUAAGGACACAGUUUCGAUAAUACUUGCAACGACGACACCAAGCCACUCGACGACCGGACUAUUCAGUAUAUUACCGAUAAAGGGAACAACCAUAGUUUUGCGUCCUACUUCACUUCCCCAUUUUCGAAGCGAGGUAAUCAACCCAAAGAGAAUGAACAACACCAAGAUAUCGGACCCAGGGACACCAUUCACCAGUAAUGCAACACUUUUAAACAAGUCUCAAACGUCAGAUAUUCCCAAGUCACAUCCUGCAAUAAGCCUUGGAAGCAUUGAUGCCACAAACAAUGCGAGUACCACUGACUUGUCUUUUGGGAAUGCUGACACAAGGAGUCCCGUUGCAGCUCGAGGAGGCUACUCAUUCACUGGGGUGAUUCUACCACGAAAACCAUUCGUGCUCAACUCGGUUUCUUCAGUCACUGAGCUGACAUUGUAUCUACCAUCUUUUUUUCAGCUAUUUGACUUCAUUCCUAUACGUGACCCCAACUACCAAUCACACGAUGCAUUGUAUUCUGAUCCCACGCUCAGUGCCAUCAACGCCACGAAAGCGUACUUGGUUAUCGCCGUCAAUAAUUCCAUACUUAAGAUCAUAAACCCAAAAGAUAUGACGUGCGAGGGCCAAUUCCAAGCUUACGAUAUUGACUACAGGAUAACGUUUAUAGAACCUGUGAUCAACCUGAGCAAUUUGAUAAUGACUUUGGCUGAAAAGCAAGGGUUCCCACUGAUCAUCAAAGUUUGGGAUUUAACAAGGAUACUCAAUAUGGAAAAAUUGGAGGCAUCGGAAUACAAGUUCAAAUUCCAGACUCAAGUUUCGGUUACUGAGAAUAGUCGAAGCAACGGAGUCCAAAGUGAAAAUUCGUUUCCAAUUAGUUGCUUCAAGUUUAAUUUCGACUUGACAUGUUUGGCAAUUGGGUAUGCGAAUGGGAAAGUAAUACUUGUUAGAGGGGACUUGUUGCGUGAUCGAGGAUCAAAACAGCGAGUUAUUUAUGAAAGCUUUGGUAAUGAUCCAAUAACUGGAAUACAGUUUAAUGAAGAGGAGCAAAUACUUUACGUCACAACAACUUCAAAAGUGUUGACGGUAUCGACUACUGGGCGUAAUCACGGCAAACCUUUGCGUAUAUUAUCACAAAAGGCUGGCGCAGAUCUAGAUUGCACCGAAUCUGGAAGAAAGCAGGAGUUAAUUGUAGGACGUCCUGACUCAAUUAGGUACUACAACCCCACUACAAAGCUAAAAACAAUCAACUUCGACGUUCCCAAAUCGAAAAUUGCAAGACUCCAUCAGUUCAUAUUGAUGGUGAGCUCAACGGAUAAUGAAUACCUGCAAAAGUUUCAAUCGAGGAUUAUUAUUCUUGAUACAAGGAAUAACCAUAUUUCGCUAAAUUUGUUGAUUCCACAAAGUGUGAUCAAGUUUGUUUUCAAAAUGGGUAAUGAAAUUUACCUCUUAUCUAAUGAUGGUGUAUUAUACCGACUUUAUGAAAAACCAAUCAACCAACAGAUUGAACUAGUUUUGCAAAGGGAAUUGUUUUCCGUAGCAUUCAACUUGGCAAAACAACUGAAACUUUCCUCAGACGUAUUGUUGCGGAUACAGACAUUGCACGCAGACCAUCUAUUUGAUGAACAAAAGUAUGAUGAGGCUAUGGAUGUUUACAUUAGCUGUCUUGGCUUGUUCAAGAAUGAAGCUGCGGAUGCCGUCAAUUCAAUUUCGAACGAAGAUAGAGAUGAUUUUAUCAUGAAUGUGAUUACGAAAUUCAAGGAGGCAAUUAACACGGCAAAUAUGGUGAAAUUUUUGGAAAGAUUGUACGCAAUGACCCUAGCCAGCGUCGACCAUAUCACAUUGUUAUUAUGUUGCUUGUGCAAGUUGAAGAACCUUGACCAAAUUGACUCUUUUAUUGAUGAAUUGGACUUGUCUAAUGCAAAACUACAAGAACUCAAUUUUCCCCUCAUUAUCAAUUUAUUCAAAGAGUGUGGAUUCUACAACCAGGUGUUGAGGUUAUUAUACAAACUCAAUCAACCAAAUUUGAUUGUUGAAAUUCAGUUGAAUGAUUUAAGUAAACCGAAAUUGGCAUUGAGUUACAUGAAGACAUUAAAGAUUGACGACUUGCUAUUGAUAUUAAUUGACCAAUCGAAAAAGUUGCUAGACUCUUGUCCAAUUGAAACAACGGAGCUUUUGAUCAAUGUGUUUACGGGUAAAUAUCAACCCACCGAGUCAACGCAGGAGCCUUCUACCACAACAGCACCAGAUGCAAACAUAGAGGAAGAUGAAAAGGGUGGGGAGGGAAUAACUCAAUUGACCAACUACAAGGCAUUUCUAAACUACUUGACACUCCGCGGGAAUGACUCAGAAAAUGAGAAAACCGAGAAAACAACAACAACAACAUUAUCAUCCAAUGUUGCAAGAGAACCCACAUACCUACCUCCCAAGCCCAAUUUGAUUUAUUCCAGCUUUACCAACCAUCCAAAUGAGUUUGUUAUAUUCCUCGAGGCAUGCAUUGAAGCUUUGGAUAGAUAUCAGGGUAACUUGACGGAUAAAAAGGAAGUGUUGAUUACCUUGCUUGAAAUGUAUCUCUCAUUGGACAAAAAGACUGGUGAGUCGGAAUGGUUGGAUAAAGCAGAUUCUAUUGUUGACCAAUACGGUGAUUUGUUAGAUGACGACUCGUUGUUGUUAUUGAGUCAUUUGUAUCGUUUCAAGCCUGGCGAAAUAAAGGCAAGGGAAGAUAAUGGCGACGAGGAAGGUAUAUUUAUGUCGUACAAAAUUGAUGAAGACGUUGAAGGGUGUUUCAAAGUGCUACAAAAGUAUGGCCAAGCUAAACCGCAGCUCUAUAAAAUGAUGCUCGAGUUUAUCGUUUCCAAGCGUGAAGUUUAUGAAAAAGUUAAUCACGAUGAUAUACAAGUCAUACUACAACAAAUCAAAAAGUAUAAAUUGUUGGACCCACUUGAGUUGAUUAGUUUGCUCAAUGGAGGUGAUUCUAACGACAAUGAGUUUGUUACGUUUGGUAUUGUUAAAGAUUAUCUCCUUCAGUAUUUUACAGCUCAAGAGCAAGAAAUCACCAAUAAUGAGAAACUCAUCGAAGUGUACGAGCAUGACUCAACCAAGAACUCAUACAAGUUGUCACAAUUGACACACCCAUUUGUGAUUCAGAACAACAAGUGUUCAGCAUGUCAAAUGAAGUUGGACUUCCCAGUGAUUCAUUUCAAAUGCAAGCAUUCAUUCCAUCAGAAAUGUUUGUCAUCUAGUCUCGUUGCCAAACCAACAAGCAGCAAUGGUAGCUCGCAAUUCGUGGAUGAUGCAAGUGACCAUGGACCAAAAUGUCCUAUUUGUGCACAAGCCUUGAGUGAUGUUAAUGAAGUCAAACAGAGUCAGUAUACGUUAACGGAGAAUGUCGAUUUCUUUGUACAGUCUUUGCGUGAUAGCACCGAUACAUUCAAGUUUAUUUCUGAAUACAUUGGGAAAGGGGUGAUGGAGGAUGAGUCGGUUAGCAUGGACCAGUAA